ACCUCGGUUGGAAACGGGAGCGCGCACGGCGAGAAGGGACUCUGCGGUUUCGUUAAACAGGAGACGCUGAGUUCGGCCUGAGAUCAACAUGGAGGGAAUUAACAUUACACCGUAGGACUCUCACCGGACGCCGCUUGAGACAUGGGAAAAUGGGAGUUAACCAUGAAUCCAGUUCAGGAGUGGGGGGAGGAGAUUGAAGAUGGUGCAGUGUUUGGGAUCACCCUGCGCAGAGAGCCCGUCCAGCAGUCCAGCGAGGCCACAGAGCCAUGUCCUUGUUCUGCGUUCGUGCAGUACCGCACAUGUAAGGUACGGAGGCUGAAAGCGGCCACUCUGGAGCGGCUUGUAGCUCACCUGCUCGAUCCCUGCUGUCAGGAACAGGACUAUGGGAGGAUACUUCUGUCCACAUACCGCACCUUCACCAGCUCCAACGAACUCAUCGAGAUGCUUUUCCAGAGGGACAUUCUAGCCUCUGAACUGGACAACAACAAAUGUCAUAAGAGCCCUUUGUGGACUUUGCUCCAGAUUUGGUUGGAAGAGUUUUCUGAGGAUUUCAGAGACUCUCCAAUGCACUCUUCUUUGCGCUUGAUGUGCCUUCAGCUGAGACGGCACCCAUCUCUCUCUCCUCUGGCCAAGUGCUAUGAGGCUCUCCUCAAGAGAUUUCAAGCAGAAGAUGUUGUGAAUAAUGAUCAGGCUGGUCUGGAUGAUGAGCCAGAAGGGGAUCAGGAAGAGAAGGACUUGGAGACAGAUGAUCUAACCAAUCAAGCAGAGUUCAUGGACUUCACCAUCACAGUACUCGCAGAACAGCUCACCAGGCUGGAUGCAGAGUUGUUUGUGAAGGUGGUGCCCUUUCAGUGUUUGGGCUGUGUGUGGUCUCAGAGAGAUAAGAAGGAGAAUCUCUCCCCCACCAUCCGCGCCACCAUUGCACAGUUCAACGCCAUCACUAACCGAGUCAUCACCUCACUGCUUUGCCCCUCCAUCUGUCCUUCUUCCAGUCCGUUGUCCAGUACCACACAGAGAGCCAGAAUCAUCGAGAAGUGGAUACGAGUGGCACAGGAGUGCAGACAGCUAAAGAACUUCUCCUCCCUGAGGGCCAUCCUGUCUGCCCUGCAGUCCAACCCUAUCUACAGGCUGAGGAAGACCUGGACCUCAGUGAGCAGGGAGAGCCUGAGUGUCUUUGAGAACCUGUGUGAAACUUUCCCUGAUGAAAACUGUGUACUGACUAGCAGAGAAAUCCUUGUGGAGGACGGGAGCCAGGCAACUGUGGAUAACAUUUCGCCCAGCACGUCCAAGCGAUGUCCCGUGCCCAGACAGAUGAGUACCACCAGCGGAGUUGUGCCUUACCUGGGGACAUACUUGACUGUGCUUACUAUGCUGGAUACAGCACUGCCUGACACUGUGGAGGUUAAAUACAACACCAUCUUAUACUAUUGCGGCCUCAUAAAUUUCGAAAAGCGGAGGAGGGAGUAUGAGAUUCUAUGGCAGAUUCGACAGCUACAGGCGUCCUGCUCCCAGUAUGUAUUGCCUCAUCAUCCUCAGAUUGCAGCCUGGCUGCAGCGUCAGAGGCUUCUCACAGAUCAGGAGAGCUAUGAGUUGUCCAGACAGUUGGAGCCACCCUUGGACACCUGUCCACCAUCUAGCAGCGGAGCCUGGAGUCACCUCGCACUCACCAGAAAGCUGUCCUCCCUCUUGAGUGUGAGUGAUGGCUCAAGAAGAAACGCCGACCAGAUCAGCGUUUCAUCUUCUGGUUCCAGCAGCUCUGAAAUGGAAGAUCUCUCCACACAUCACUCGUCUCCUCUUGGAGCACAGUCCCUCUCCAGAUCCUGCCAAAACAUGGCCGAUUCUCUUCCCUCCUCAUCUUCUCCUGACUCCUCCUGUUCGUCUUCAUGCUCCCCAACUGAUCUCAUUCUUCGUUCUCCAUCCUCUUCCUCAACUCCUAUCAAGCCCAGCCACAAACGCUCGGUCUCUAUGACCUCCCUGCCCCUUUACAAUAGGCAGGUGGCUGACUCCUGCAUCAUCAGGGUCAGCAUGGAGCGCAGCAGCAAUGGCAACAUGUACAAGAGCAUCCUGCUAACAAGUCAGGAUAAGACAGCACAGGUGAUUGAGAGAGCUCUGCAGAAGCACAACCUGGAGAAUGCCAGUGUGCAGGACUUCUCACUUGUUCAGAUGUUGACGCAAGACAAAGAACUACUCAUUCCAGACAAAGCCAAUGUCUACUACGCCAUGUCUACUUCGGCCAACUAUGACUUUGUUUUACGUCAGUGUCCAAAAGGCCAGCGGAAACAACUGACUCGCUCCGUGUCAAUGUCAGCAGGCCGAUGCUCAAAAUAACAGUGCCCCCUAUAGCUCUGGAGACGUCUUGACGAGUGGAAAAUCUGCUUGGAAACCUGCACAAGACUUUGAAUUAUUUCUCAGCUAUGAGAUUUCAUAGCUUUAUGUACAAAAUGUAUAUAGUAGAUGUAAAAUCUAUUUAUUUAAUGUUAGCUAUUCGAAGGACACUUUUUUUAUACAUUACCCAUUUGACUAACUCAGCUUGAGGUUUUUUCAAUGGAGGCAGGACAUUAAACUAUCUCUAAACUCCUAGAACUAAGGCAUCAUGCCAGUGACCUCAUAACAGAGGUAUAUGUUGUGCAAUGCGAUGAAAAUGUGAGGUUUCAGGUUCCUCAAGGCAUCUUUUUUUGUGAAGGUCACAAGGCAGAGCUGCAGACACCACAAGAGCCAAAUGACUAUAGAAGCAAAAUACAUGCUGUAUAGAAAACACAUACAUGCUCAAAUAUUUGUUCUCUCAGACACAUACAGAGGGCUUAGAAAACAUAUUCUGUUAAAUUUAUUGAUUUAGGUGGUUAGUAUGUAACACAUACACUCACCAACCACUUUACUAGGUACACCUGUUCAGUUGCUUGUUACCACAAAUAGCUAAUCAGCCAGUCACAUGGCCACAACUCAAUGCAUUUAGGUAUGUAGAGGUGGU